AUGGAGCUCAUCAAUGUUCAACUACAAUGCGCUGAAGAUGCAUCCUACCUCCAGUUCCAGUUGUGCGACUGUACAAUAAAAAUUACGCACGGAUUGCCAUGCAGACAUGAUCUUGCAUAUUACCGUUGGUAUUUCAUGCCAAUUCCGAUUCAGAGUAUCCACGAUCAUUGGACUAAGUUGUCCAUGCGUGCGCCCAUUGUGAAUGACGACGGAGAACGAUCGGACAGAACAUAUGAAGUUGUAGACAGAUUACGUGGGAUGGAUCAAUCUACCCGAGUGCACAUGAUAGACAGGAUUAUUGAUAUGACGGAUCCAUCUCAGAGCACAGUUCGAGGCCCAGCUUAUAACACGGCUCAUAGAGUUCCAUCCAUCCGUAUCGACUACAUUCAGCAUUUACCUCGAGCUUAUCAGCAUUACAUUUCUCACAUUAAUGACGUCCGAGGUGACGGUCAUUGUGGAUUUAGGGCGAUAGCUGCUCACAUAGGGUAUGGUGAAGAUCGUUGGGCUCAAGUUCGAAGAGAUCUCAUUAAUGAGAUUGAACAAAAUAUGGAUCUAUAUAAUGCGCUAUAUCCAGAAAUAGGUUGGGCAGACUACCUAAUACGGUCUUUAAAUUACUUUGAAGAUUCGGCACCAGAUGAGUAUUGGAUGGACGCUAUGAGUAUGGGAGUUGUCAUCGCUUCGGCGUACAACCUUGUUCUGCAUACAUUUAAUGCGCUUCCUUCAGGUUGUUUUACUCACUUCCCAUUGAGAUCCCCUCCAGUUCCAGCCCAAGAGCGCAUUGAAAUAGCUAUUGCUCGUGUUGGGAACAAUCACUUUGUGCAACUUUUCUUGCAGCCUCAUUACCCUGUACCAUCCUAUCCAAUAUGGUGGUGGAACAAUUCAUCAGACGAAGCUAAAAGAUGGGCUGCUCGUUAUGCAACACGAAUUAGUUUGUGGCAAGAAAUAAUGGAGACAAGACCAAGAGGGACAGAAGCAGAAUUUGGUGGAAACAUUGAUUAG